AUGGCUAUGACACGCGCCAAAACGCCAGCAACCAGGCAGGACCCAUUGCAUCGCCGCGCUGCAACACGGAGCUUUGCACCGUGGCGAGUCGAUCAUGCCACUGAUGUGGGUAAUCAAAAAUCCGGUGUGGAUGCAUCUUGCGAGUCGCUUCUUGGUGACUUCUGCUCCGGACCGCAAAGGAUCGGGCGAGCUCCGAGGCAGCCCGCCACUGCACUGCUUCGUUGCCCGCUUCACCAACGACGGGCGUUGCGCCCGGCAGUUGUUAUGGCUGACGAUAACAGUUCCACGUCUGCUUCUGCCGUUGUGAAUCGAUUAUGCAAACUACGUGAACUUGGUGUGUUUGCUUCCAACCGGAAUACGAUGGCGGAAAUGGAUUUGGCAUUGUUUUUAGAAGAGGUCGUUAUUCCUGCGAAGCACACAGUGCGCCUCCACGAUGUAGAAGGUAGAACGCUAGUUGUUCAGGGCGCCACCGCCGUGGAGACGCGUCCGAUCCACCUUUAUGCUGAUCUCUCUGCCGCACAUUACGGUGACCGUUUUUACAUUACGCCUUUGCUCGAUCGCCCGACUAUUUUCAGCAGCUCACACUCAUGGAACGCGGAGAACAGUUCUGGUGUUAGUACUGCCGUGCCUCAGUGGAAACACUACACGGUGGCAGUGGCGCUCUAUAUUGCGCUGGCAGAAGCUGGGUACUGCGAUCAGGCAUUGCCAUUCCUGUCCGUGCAAUGGAUCAACUGGCAAAAAUUACUGCGUCACCAGAUGUAUCUGAGACUUGAACUGUUGACGAAUAGCGUCACACGUGAGCUGUUGCGGCUCCACCACAAACCCUCCCAUCAUCAAGAUGGGGAUGACAAAGGGGGAGAACGAAAAAUUCCAGUCGCCUUACAACUCCCACUCACAAGGAAGGGCGUACUGCGCCGCCCGCACACGGAUAAAGAGAAAUUACCAUCCUUGUAUACGCAACCAUUCACAGAUGUGGAGGUGUUUGAGCUGUUUUACCUGCAGCUUGUAUUCCGUGCUUUGUAUGACAUACGGUUUCCUGGUAUGACCGCUGAGGAGGAGGGGCGCACGCUACGCUCCGAUCUUAUUGGGGUUCAAACAGGUGGGGUGCGACCGUUAGCCUUUGAGCACCCAACUUUGCUUGAUCGCUGGCUUCUCUUUCCGCCACGAUCACAGGUGCUUCACUUUGUGUCACUUGAAGAAGCCGUUAUCCCUCACUAUGCAUCGUCGCAAAGAAAUCUGGAAACAGCGCACCAGAGGCUUUUUGGGGCCACAGAAAUGUUGCCAUGUCAAGGCCAGUUGGGACGAGAUGUGGUUAUAAACUGGGCGAUGCAACGCGUUAUUUGCAGUCCACAAGAUGCAUUUCUUGCCUUGGAGGAGUUAUUUAACCUCUUUGAGGAUCCCUACGGUGUGGAGCGAGCAACAGUGUGGCAGGCCCCUGUACUGCCACGAACAUAUCGAUGUGGAAUGGCUUCACUUAGGCGGUUGCAUAGGAAUAGUAGCGAUUUAUCCCUUUUUUUUUCGUCGCUACAUUCUUCCGACCUCGUUGUGGAAAAUCACUCUAUCUCCUCAGCUGUGCAAGAGCCAACAAGUUGCGUAGAAAUCAGUGAAGAUCGCAUUGUGCAACGUUGGAGGCAGUAUAUUCAGGUAGGUUCAAUUGCGUUGUUUGACGGUAACACGGACGCGAUUGAGAUUGUAAGGUUCCUUGGAAUGGGUGGUAGUAGCUUAGUGUACGAGGGAAGGUUUGGUCCAAAUCGCCUUCCUGUGGCAGUGAAAUGUCUUAUUGUUCCAUCUCACAUGGACCAUGAGACGUAUGUAAAGGAAUCCCUGACGAAUGUGGCGUUUUUUGUACUUUUUAAUCAAAUGGAGAGCUGUGGGAUUCUGUACGGCACGCGUAUAUAUGAGUUUGUGGUGAGUAGCACACCUCCCAACGGGAUGCCAGCGAAAGACGUAAUUGUCUGUAGCCGUGGGGCAGAUGCGGACUCUGGCACAAAACUUUGUUACGUCGUGACGCGGCUAAUGGACGGUGUCGUUGGUAGGUUUCUGACGGAAGAAGACGAUGAGUAUGACCCCUGCUACGAUGCACUUGUGAACGCUCCCCUGCGUGAUGGGGAGAUCUUUCAAUUUUUGUACACACAACUUGCUGUGCGGGCGUUGUUUGACUAUACCAUUUUAGACCUGAUGUUGCACGGUCAGCUUCGCGGCGAUAAUCUUGGCUACGCGCUCGUCUCCCGUGGUGAAGGUGCCACUCCCCUUUGUCCAUCGUACGAUGGCAUCGUAAUUGUGUUUCAAACCAGCAAAGACACUUCCCCACGAUAUUUACGCUUUCCUGUAGACGUUUCGAAUCCAGGAAAAAAUGGGCCACUGCGCUUCAUCUGCUUUAUUGACCUUGGCCAGGGGAAGCAGCCACAGGCGGCGGAACUAACACGGCGUGGUCUCAUUGGUGAAACAAUUGUGGAAUCCUGCGUCGUGGACGAUGGACUCGGUCGCUACUGGCCGUUGGACCGCAUUUACAGUAAAUACAUCGAGACAAGUGGUACGUUGGCCCGCAGCGCAGUGGAGUGGGGAUCCGGUCUUUGCGUUGAUUCUCCGCAAGCUGCAGAGGACGCACUGGAGGGGCUUUUUGAGCUUUACGAGCCCACCUAUGGCGUGUCCGCGCCGACAUCUGAGGAACUCGUCAGACACGCCGUCUUUGUAUGGACGCCUUCCACUGUUGCAGAGCUGCGUCGUUACUACGUCUACCGCGACAAAAACGACAGGUGA